GAGAAAGGACGGGAGUCUGGCAGGCAGGGAGGGAGGACAGAGAAGAUCGGGAGACGGUAGCAGACGGGGCGGGCAGAAUGUCGGAGUCGGGGGCCGGGGCAGCUCCGUCUAUGACACCAGUUCCCUGCUGCAGUACUGUAAUGAUUGCACCCUAGAUGACGGCCUGUCGGGCCCCAGCGCCAUGGACACCGACGACCGAAUAUCCAACCUGGAGCAGAGGCUGCAGCUCCAGGAGGACGAGAUGCAGGUGCUGCGCGCCGCGCUGAGCGACGCGCUGAGGAGGCUGAGGGUCUGCGAGGACAGGGGCGACCCCCUGCGGGGGAGGCAAGCAAAACCAAGCAGGUCGUCUUCCUCCCGGAAGAGGGCCUGGUGAAGUUGUAUUUAAGGGGGCGCUCCGUCCCCCUAUAUGUUCCGGAUUCGCUGGUCGCCUCCUACAAUAUAGAAGCCAAAGGAGAACCUCCAUCAAGGGAGCUGCAGCUGGAAUGGGUAUACGGGUACAGAGGUCGGGACUGCCGCAGUAACCUCUACAUCCUGCCAUCGGGAGAGUUGCUGUACUUUACAGCUGCGGUCUGCGUCUUGUAUGACCCCGUGGCCGGCACCCAACGCCACUACCGAGGGCACACGGAUGAUAUCAAAAGCCUGGCCGUCCACCCGGACUCCGUCACCAUUGCCAGCGGGCAAGUGGCUGGCAACUCCCAUGAUGGCAAGGCUCUGCCUCCUCAUGUCCGCAUCUGGCACUCGGUCAGCCUCUGCACCCUUCAUGUCAUUGGAGUCGGCCAUUUUGACCGAGCUGUGUCUUGUCUGAGCUUCUCGAAGACGGAUGGAGGCGGCCAUUUGUGUGCAUGUGAUGAGUCUGGGGACCACGUCUUGUCUGUGUGGCAGUGGCAGCGCGAGCAGAAGGUGACCGAGGUGAAGUGCUCCACAGAGCCGGUGCUGGCCGCCAUCUUCCAUCCCACCGAACCCAACCUGAUUAUCACCUGCGGCAAGUCCCAGCUGUAUUACUGGAGCCUCGAAGGGGCCACAGGAGCAGGGGCCGCAGGAGGAACCGCCCUGUUAACUAAGAGGCAGGGGGUAUUUGAGAAAUACGAGAAACCGCGUUUCGUCCUGUGUGUGGCAUUUGCAGAGAACGGGGAUGUGGUCACUGGAGACUCCAAUGGGAACUUGUUCGUGUGGGGUAAAGGCAGUCACCGGAUCUCUCAUGCCGUGUGCGGCGCCCAUGAUGGCGGUAUUUUUGCUCUCUGUGUAUGUAGGGAUGGCACUCUUCUUUCUGGAGGUGGCAAAGAUGGCAGAAUCAUUCUAUGGGACCGAGAAUACAAGAAAGUGCAAGAGACCCGGAUUCCAGAGUGUUUUGGGCCGGUCAGGACCAUUGCAGAGGGCCGAGGGAGUGACACGCUGUAUGUGGGGACCACAAAGAACUGUGUGAUGAGCGGCAGUCUCCAGAGCGGCCUGAAUUGUCUGAUGCAGGGUCACACGGAUGAACUGUGGGGUCUUUGCUGCCACCCGUCUCUCGAUCUCUUCCUGACCUGUGGCCAUGACAAGCAGGUUCAUCUCUGGAACAGCAAAGAGCAUCAACCGGUCUGGAGCACCACACUGGAGGAUGCUGUGAGAGUGGCUGGCUUCCACCCAUCCGGCAGUGUCGUAGCUGUGGGGACCUGUACUGGAAGGUUCCUGGUGCUGGACGCUCAGUCCCAUGUAAUAGUGACCAGUAUCUCAGACGCUGGGGAGCAGAUCAGUUGUAUCUCCUACAGUCCCGAUGGUCAGUAUUUGGCUGUUGGGUCACACGACAACUUCACUUAUCUCUACGAAGUGGCAGAGGAAGGGCGCGAGUACCGGCGCGUAGGCAAGUGUAUGGGUCACUCCAGCUACAUCACACACCUGGACUGGGCUUCAGACAGUUCCAGCUUCAUGACCAACAGCGGAGACUACGAAGUCCUAUACUGGGAUCCGUCGGCGACGAAGCAGAUUGUGAGCGCAGCGAGUGUGAGGAACGCGGAUUGCGAGAACGCUUCCUGUACUCUCAGCUUCCAUGUGUUGGGGGUGUGGCCGAAUGGAGCGGAUGGGACAGAUAUAAAUUCCGUCACCAAGUCACAUGACCGGAAGCUGUUGGUCACAGGAGAUGACUGAGGAGUGCGUUUGUUCAGCUACCCCUGUGUGGUCCCUAGGGCUCCCAGUCACCGGUAUGGUGGACACAGCAGUCACGUGACCCGCCUCUCCUUCCUGCACGAUGACAGCGCUCUGAUCUCUGUUGGCGGAAAGGACAGCACCAUACUGCAAUGGACGGUCAUGUGACCUGGUCCCGCCAGCAACGUCCUGCACAGCACCUCCAGCCUUCUUCUUCCCUGUAGCUCCGCCCUGUCCCCCCCCCCCCCCACCCGUUCCUGUAGCGGGCUUUUGAUAUGCACAGUUUUUUGCUUCCAGCUGAUUGGUUGACACACUCAAGGCACCUCCUAUUUCCUGUGGACAGACGGAAAGCAUGUUACCACGGACAAUCUCCACUCUAGACCCCGCCCUCCCCCAGAUGGUGGGGGGAGCACCUCGUCUUAGACAUAGAACCGCACACAGGCCUGACUGCAAAUGUCCUGCAAUAAAGAAUGUCAGAGAUCCC